UUGUAUCUCUAAACUAAGACUGUAUCUGUCCACAUAUGUGCCUAUUUUUGUUUCGAGAAAAGUCUGCUUUAAAUAAGGCAGUCUGUAGAAGGGUCCAGACCCAUCCCUUUCUCCAGAGAUGCUGCGUGACUGUGUUACUCCAGCACCGUGUGUGUGUGUGUGUCUGCAGUAUUUCACGAUGCAUCGUUGGGCUGCUGGGGGUGAGUGAGAAUGAUGCAUUUGUUGGCGAGGGCGGUCGUUCCUCGAGUCACAGCGCGGUGGAUGGGGACGGCGUGAUCCGCUGGGGAUUGUCACAUUCACACAGUGAACGGGCGAGGCAGCACACGCUGCCGUUCACAAGCAGAGUGGAGCAGGGCGGUGUUGGAAAGACUUUACCGGCGGCUUCUGAGAUGCUGCCUGACCUGCCGAGUUACUCCAGCUCCUUGUGUCUACAUUUUACUGCAUCGAUGCAACAUCUUCUCAAGCAGAUACGUGCACUGUGUUGGGCUCUGGAUGGUCAUUUGCAGUUUGGACCCAUGUCCUUGCUUCUGCUCUGAAGAUCAAACUCAGUCCAUCGGAGGAUGUCUUGGUGACAAGCCGCUCCAAGCCCCUUGUCACAGCCCAGCAGUAUGAACAUUGAAAUCUCCAGUUUUAGUAAACCAGCAUCUGCAGUUCCUUGUUUCUACAUCUCUGGAGAACAUGGGAAGAUGAUGUUUCGGGUCGGGACCUUUCUUCAGACUGACCCGCUGAGUUGCUCCAACACUGUGUUUAUGUGUUUUCUUUCCUCACUGAGCAGAGAUGUUCCUGCCACCACCUCCAUCAGUGUAAGACCAUGAACAUCACCGACUGCCCGCGGGGCUCUGGCCCAGAACGGACAAAGUCUUUCGCUGAGAAGACGGCGGUCGCUCUGACCCUGUCCCUGGUCAUGAUACUGACUGUGAUGCUGAACGGGGUGGUCAUCGCUGCCAUCUCGCUGACCAAGAAACUCCAUCAGCCGGCCAACUACCUGAUCUGCUCGCUGGCAUUGACGGACCUCCUGGUUGCCCUGACGGUGAUGCCCCUCAGCAUCCUGUACAUCAGUGCCGAGACCUGGCUCCUGGGACAGGCCUUCUGCCAAGCCUGGCUUAGCUUGGACAUGACCUUCUGCACCUGUUCCAUCCUCCACCUGUCUGCAAUCGCCCUGGACAGGUACUGGGCUAUCACCGACGCCGUACAGUACUCACGGCGGAGGACGGGCAGAAGGGUGGCAGGCAUGAUACUUGCAGCCUGGGUCCUUUCCGUCUCCAUAUCCAUGCCGCCCCUGUUCUGGAGAAGCCGGAUGGUCAAUGGGACAAUGGGGCAACAGUGUACCAUCAGACAUGACCACGCCAUCUACACCAUCUACUCCACGUUUGGAGCUUUCUACGCCCCGCUGGGCUUGAUCCUCAUCCUCUACUACCGUAUAUACCGCGCGGCCAGGACUCUUCACCGCCGGCGAGCUUCCAGCUGCAAGUUGGCUCACACCUCUUGCCCGUCAGAGGCACCACGACCGGGUAGCCAGCUGGGCCGGGAGAAGGGGAUCGGCGAGCAGCCCGUGUCCAUGGGGAGGGAGCGCCGGGCGGCCAGGGUCCUGGGUCUCAUCCUGGGCGCCUUCGUUCUGUGCUGGCUGCCCUUCUUCGUUAAGGAGCUGCUGGCUGGGAUGCAGGUUUGGGCUGCCUCGCCCACCCUGGGCGACCUGCUCACCUGGCUGGGCUACCUCAACUCCCUGGUCAACCCCCUCCUCUACACCAGCUUCAACCAGGACUUUGUAACUGCCUUCCGCAGGGUGGCCAGCUGUGGGAGGUACGGAUAGCGCUCGGAGUGAGCGUGGCACAACAUGACCAUAGCACCAUAAUACACCAUGG